AUGGUAUACCAGCCACUGCGCACCUUGAGAAAUGCUGCAGCAGCCACACCUGAACAGCAGCAGCAGGAACAAGGGGAACCCACAAAAGGUCGAUUCUCAGUGUUUUACUUUGUGCUCAUUUACAUUUACACCCAGUCCCUGUUGCAACACUUCCCCCAGCCACAGCAUUUGGUCAGCGACACAUACCAGCCGGUUUCAGACAAAGCGCACCCAUCAGAAGGCAACAGCUUUGAAUCCUCUCUACGGUCACUUCGCCACUGCGUCACAGCCAACAUGAACAGGCGGGGGUCGGCGUUUCGCAGGAGAAGGGCAUCGUCGGCGGCAUCGAAUUCGACUGUGUCUAGCUAUGGCGCGCCCUCUGUUGGUGCUCGUUUCGACGACAUCACGCCCAUACGCAAUGGCACGCGUGCUGGUGCCAACGCCGCUUCUGGAACUCCUGGAACCCCAAGCACGCCCUCGUCUGCAGCCACUACAGCUACCGGCGCUGGCGCUGGCGCUUCUCUGAAUAACUUGAAAAAGAAGACUCUGGUUUUGGACCUCGACGAGACGCUCAUCCACUCGUCACCGCAGGGAUCUUACAGGGCGCACCACCGCAUUGAGGUUGUUAUCGACAAGGUGGCGUGCCUGUAUUACGUGUACAAGCGCCCGCAUGUGGACUACUUUCUGCGCAAGGUCUGCGAAUGGUACAAGUACGCAGACCCGGUCAUUGACCUGCUCGAUUCUCAGGGGAAGUACAUUUCGGCGCGGUAUUUCCGCGAAUCGUGUGUUCCACAUGACUCAAGCUACGCCAAGGACCUGUCGGCCAUAGAUCCAGAUCUGUCGCAGAUCGUGUUAGUUGAUAACUCGCCACUGUCGUACUUUAUCAAUCCAACUAAUGGAAUCCCCAUUCAGCCCUGGGUCAAUAGCGAUCCCAAGGACGAGGCCUGCUGGAUCUUCUGCCCCUGCUGGACGCACUCCGGUUUACCGACGAUGUGCGCUCUAUCCUGUCCCUGCGACUGGUAUGAUCCAAUGUUCGCAAUGAACUUUAUUUUUCAUACAUCUUUAAAUUAA